AUGUCGCUGACAGUACUACCUCCAGAGCUGCUGCACCUGAUAGUCGAUGAAAUAACAGACACUUAUGAAGCUCGGGUUCAGCCUUUGGCAACGCUGAAAACUCUCUACGAUAUCGCUCGAACGAGUCGAACCGUUUGGAACACCGUGAGCAGCCGGGUGUACGGCCACGAUGUUCAGUGUUUGCGAAGCUCGGCCCUUGUCUGGGCAGCGACGACAGGCAAUAUGUUGACCGUGAAGAGUUCUCUUGCUCAAGGUGGAAACCCACGCACAACCAAUCAUCACCUCCAGCCCCCGUUGUGGUUAGCUGCUCGAAAUGGUCACGAGGAGGUAGUUGAGAUACUGCUCAAUUAUGGAGCCGAUAUUGAGAUCAGGAGUCCGACAGGGCUCACUCCACUUGCAGUCGCUUCACGAGAAGGGCGAUAUGGAGUUAUGAAACUCUUACUUCACCGAGGGGCAAAAGUCGAUACCGAAACCGCUGACCAUUCGACGCCCCUCCUCUGGGCCGUUCGAACGGGAGCAACAGCUGCAGUGACACUCCUGCUCAAUCAUGGAGCUGAACUUCCAAAGCCGGGUACACGACAAGGCCGACGAUGGGCCCUCGCUGCACUCGCUGUGGGCCCUGACCCAUGGACUCAUAUUCCUGAGAUCAGGUUCCUAAUGGAGUCGGAGCGCAAUUUGGGAAUGGAAAAACAGCUUUGGGAUAGCACAUUGCCUCUCUCUGUGCAACACCAGCUUCUCGCCGUAUCCAGAUUCCUCCUUCUCCCACAAAACGGGACUCCCACACAUCACAUUGCGACACACUGUGAUCGGUCUGUUUCUGAAUAUGGAAAAUGGUUUGACUCCGUUCAAGACCUGCCCUUCAGACGGUCAAGGAGUCCGAAGGGAACUCCUUUAUGGUGGGCCGUUUACCACGGUGAAGAGGAUCUCGUUGAGCAGCUACUGAAGAUCGGCGCUCCAGUCAAUGGUCUAGUUAGGUCCUACAAUUAUACCAAGAAACCUAAUCGGCUUCUUUCCCUUGCACUCAUUCGAGGCUUUCCUGGCAUUGCAGAGCUGCUGGUGGAGUAUGGAGCCGAUCCAAACUAUGAGCUGCGAGGUGGUGCCACUCCUCUCAUAAGGGCGGUGCAGACUGAUAACUUGUGCUUAGCAUCAGCAAUUUUACGACAUGGAGGCCAAUUGGAGGAUUAUAAUUACUGUCGCUGUCCCUUGAAAAUUGCAGUCGGGAUGCAAAAUGCCCAGAUGGUGAGACUGCUUCUAUUAUAUGGAGCUUGCCCGAACGUCGAGGUUGUCGCAUGGAGGAAGAAACUUCCACCAAUGCUUUCGCCGCCGCUUCGGGGUAGAGGCCGAGGCAGGGGUUCCCGACUGAUGGCUUCUCACAGGACUCGCACAAGUCGUAGGUUCCGGCAGGCCGUCGAAUUGGGUUCUAUGCUCACAUACGCCACUCGGCGAGGAAACCAAGAUGUGAUGGACACCCUAAAAGAAUUCGGGGCUGUUGAAGACAUUCAUUUCUUGGGGUACAAAGAUUAG